AACUACCGGUCUCCAUCCAACGGUUGGCAAUAAACGCAACUGGCGGUAGUAGUAUAAAUUUGCUUAGUGAAGUGAGUGCUGAACUCACUGACUCUUUUGUUUGAUUGGGGAGAGAGUUGGAGACGACUUGCUCAAAUCAGACUUAAAAUUCUAGUCAUGUUGCAGUUUUCACUUCACCGAGGGAGGAACAUCAGGUUGUUGAGUUUCCGGAUACUCGGUAUUGCGAGUUCUCACUUCUCCACCGCCGCCGAGCCAUCUUGGAGGCAUCGGACUUCGCUUAGGAUUCCGAACUUGAUUGGUGGCAGUUUUUUAGAUUCACAAGCGUCAGAAUCAGUUGAUGUCAUGAACCCCGCAACCCAAGAAGUGGUUUCUCAAAUACCAUUAACUACAAGAGAGGAGUUUAAAUCAGCUGUAGCAGCAGCCAAAGAGACCUUUCCUUCAUGGCGUAAUACCCCAAUUACAACUCGACAACGGAUUAUGUUCAAACUUCAAGAUCUUAUCCGAAAAAAUAUGGACAAGCUUGCACUCAGCAUAACUACAGAGCAGGGGAAGACACUGAAAGAUGCACAAGGGGAUGUUUUUCGUGGGUUAGAGGUGGUGGAACAUGCAUGUGGGAUGGCAACUUUGCAGAUGGGAGAGUAUGUUUCCAAUGUGUCACAUGGAAUUGAUACCUACAGCAUCAGGGAACCUCUCGGUGUUUGUGCUGGGAUUUGUCCCUUCAACUUUCCAGCAAUGAUUCCCUUGUGGAUGUUUCCUGUUGCAGUCACAUGUGGGAAUACCUUCAUUCUUAAGCCGUCAGAGAAAGAUCCAGGGGCUUCAAUGAUACUGGCGGAGCUGGCAAUGGAGGCUGGCUUGCCAGAUGGUGUUCUAAACAUUGUCCAUGGAACUCAUGACAUAGUGAAUGCUAUAUGUGAUGAUGAUGAUAUACGAGCCAUCUCUUUUGUUGGUUCAAACACAGCUGGAAUGCAUAUUUAUGCUAGGGCAGCAGCAAAAGGAAAGCGUGUUCAGUCAAAUAUGGGAGCCAAGAACCAUGGAAUCGUCAUGCCUGACGCCAAUGUUGAUGCUACACUAAAUGCUUUAGUUGCAGCUGGUUUUGGUGCUGCAGGACAACGGUGUAUGGCACUGAGCACAGUGGUUUUUAUUGGAGACUCAAAAUCAUGGGAAGAAAAGUUAGUGGAACACGCCAAGUCCCUUAAGGUAAAUGCUGGAACAGAUCCCGAUGCUGACCUUGGUCCAGUCAUUAGUAAGCAGGCAAAAGAAAGAAUAUGCAAUUUGAUUCAAAGUGGCAGGGAGAGUGGUGCCAGACUACUGCUUGAUGGAAGAAAUAUAGUGGUCCCAGGUUAUGAAAAAGGAAACUUUGUUGGUCCUACCAUUUUGUCUGAUGUCACUGCUGAUAUGGAAUGCUACAAGGAGGAGAUAUUUGGCCCUGUUCUCAUUUGCAUGCAGGCUGAUAGCUUGGAUGAGGCAAUAAAUCUUGUUAACAGAAACAAAUAUGGAAAUGGUGCUGCUAUUUUCACUACAUCUGGUGCUGCUGCAAGGAAAUUCCAGAGUGAGAUUGAGGCAGGCCAGGUUGGCAUCAAUGUACCUAUUCCUGUUCCUUUGCCCUUCUUCUCAUUUACUGGGUCCAAGGCAUCUUUUGCAGGAGAUCUCAAUUUCUAUGGCAAGGCUGGGGUUCAGUUUUACACACAGAUCAAGACGGUGACUCAACAGUGGAGGGACUUGCCUAGUGGUGCUGGAAUAUCCCUCGCAAUGCCAACUUCGCAGAAGUCGUGAAAAGCAAAUUAUGUGUCUAGAGCUUUGUUGUGAAAUUCGCUAUUUCAGACAUGCUCUUUUGGAGCUCUCGCUCUCUUUCGCUCUCUCUCGUUGUUGUUGAUAUGGUUUAAAUAAAAAUAUUUAGAUUGUGACGGAAGUAGUAACGGGAAACAUUUUCACUUAAAAAAAAAGACAAUUAAGAAGCAAAGGCUUGCAAGGAUUAGUUUUAGUACAAGUGCCAUUUAGGACUGCAGUGCCUUAUUU